ACACCCGGUGUGGAGUUUGGAGGCACGUUUGUAAAUCCUGAAGAUCCUCAGUCCAGGGCAAUGAGAGAGGAGCUCACUCACUGAAGCUGCUGCAGAAGAAGUGAGGAGAUUAUUUUUUAAUUCCGCGCUGGAGAUGAAGUUUCCCACAUGUGUUUAUUUCAGUUGGAGUCUCCUGGCUGUAGCUGUGAUUCCAGUGUCUUUAGGUGAAAUGUACACGUCGCUGCUGAACGUGAAGCAGGCGAUCAGUGUUGAGCGGAAGCUGAUUGAUUACUUGAAGACUUAUAUUGACCACGAGUCAGAGCGACUGGAGGACAUCAUGCGCUUUUAUGCCAAAGUGUCAGACCUGCACACUGAACUUUACAAAGGCCCGACGACUGCAGUGGCAAACCCACUGGUGGCAUUCACCCUGAUCAAGCGGCUGCAGUCAGAGUGGCUGAAUGUAGUCUACAGCAAUGAAGCCCAGGAGAACACACAAGCCCUCAGGUCCAGUUACGAGGAGGAGGAGGCCGAUCUGCCCAAACUGGAAGACCUCCAGGGGGCUGCUCAGGGCCUGAUGAGGCUGCAGGAUGUGUACGCUCUCCAAGUUGCGAGCCUUGUAAGGGGUGAUUUCCAGAGAGUCACUAAUGGCAAGCCUAUUGAUAUCUACCAGCCCGCAGUGUCUGUCCCGUUGUCUGGUGAUGACUGCUUUCUGGUUGGAAAGGUGGCCUACGAGCAGGAGGACUACUACCACUCGGUGCCGUGGUUGGAGGAGUCGGUGCGUCUCUUCAGGGGAACAGGAGGCGAGUGGAGUCCUGAGAAUCAGGGGACUUUAGAAGAUGCUCUGGAUCACCUGGCCUUCUCUCACUUUAAAACAGGAAAUGUCUCCUACGCUCUAAGCCUAUCUCAGGAGUUACUGCAUCAUGAUCCAAUGAAUGGAAGAGUUUUGCAGAAUGUUGAGAAAUACGAGAAGCUGCUGGUUGCCAGUCCACCCAUAUCACUGAGGGGCGACGGGCUGAGGAGACCCACCUCCAAUCAUUUAAGGACCAGGGACACUUACGAGAGACUCUGCCAGACCCAGGGCUCUCAGCAGCCAACGCAUUUUGCAAACCCCAGACUAUUCUGCGACUACUUCACCAACGGGAAUCCUGGACUGCUGCUUCUGCCUGUCAGACGAGAAGUGCUGAGUCUGCGGCCGUAUGUGGUCCUGUACCACAACUUCAUCACUGACACAGAGGCUGAGGACAUCAAGAGCAGCGCCCAGCCCGGAUUGAGACGAUCUGUGGUGGCAGCUGGAGAGAAACAAGCAACAGCAGAGUAUCGCAUCAGCAAGAGUGCUUGGCUGAAAGGUUCAGUGCACCCCACUGUUGGGAAGCUGGACCAGAGGAUCUCCAUGCUCACAGGUCUGAAUGUGAAACAUCCGUAUGGCGAGUACCUCCAAGUAGUGAAUUAUGGGAUUGGUGGCCAUUAUGAGCCUCACUUUGACCAUGCUACAUCGCCUUCAAGUCCCGUGUACAAGCUGAAAACUGGGAAUCGAGUGGCAACCUUUAUGAUAUAUCUCAGCUCUGUUGAGGCAGGUGGGUCCACAGCCUUCAUAUAUGCCAACUUCAGCGCUCCUGUCAUGGAGAAAGCGGCCAUCUUCUGGUGGAAUCUCCAGAGAAAUGGCCAAGGAGACGCAGAUACUCUGCAUGCAGGCUGUCCAGUGCUUAUUGGGGACAAAUGGGUGGCAAACAAAUGGAUCCAUGAGCAUGGCCAGGAGUUCCAGCAUCCCUGCAGUCUGAAUCCUGAAGAGUGAGAGGGGUGGAGUGAUAACUGGGCCCCUUGGAGUACAAGAGUCAGCCUCUACAAUUGAGAGGCACACUUGAAGGCGGAAAGAAGGAGGGAGCCAGAAAGUGAGCACACAGGCAGGGGAGGUGAGAGCCGUCAUAGGGCAGCCUGUGAUUGGAGCCCCGGGCCCCAGGGAGCCUGAAGCGUACAGUGCUGCAGUGGACAUGGCUGGAAGGCGGGGCAGAAGAAGACUGGGCCAGUUGGCAAUCAGCCCCCAGAGGCCAAAUGCUCUCUUGCUUCUACUGGCCAGUUCCUUCAGAUGGAGAGAGGCCUCUGCCUUCGCACACUGUGCUGGUUUCAGUUAACUGUGCAAGGCUGUUUGCCCCCUGCUUGCUAAAAAACUGAAAUCUUAUGCAGCCGUUUUCCUACACUGGGCCCACUCAGGGGUCAGUCAUUGCAGAUCAACACAGCUGCAACUUGUGCAUACUCAGAACUAUAUUUCUAAUAAGUAGAUCAGACGUUCAAAAAGAUACUUUACGUGCCUGACUACAAUGAAAUGUGUAUAAAAUUAUGCACAAGGCAUCUAGAGUUUUCUAUUUUAUGUAAUGUUGCUGGCCAGAAGUAAAGUUUUAUUUUGGGAUUUGAAUAUGCAAGUGAUAGUAUGUCCAUUAAGUGCUGCAGAUACAGAGAGAGUGUCAGAGUGAUGUUGUUGUACAGAGUACAACAACAUCUGUACAGAGUGCAAAAUGUUUCGGGACUUUAAAGGUGCAACUUGUAAUUACUGGCCAUAUGCUAA